AUGGGUUCUGCCCUUCAUCUAAAAAAGAGAAUUUGGUAUUUUUUCCAGUAUGAACUUACCGGAAAUAUUUUUUUGCUGCUAGCUGAGGAAAGAAAUUUCGGCUAUAAUCAGGUAAGAAAAUUUCAUCUCCUGUUGCAAUGAUUAUGUACACAAACUUGUUUAAGUAUCGCUCAUUAUAUGCUGGGGAUGGAAAAAUAAAUGUUAUAGUAAUGGGCAAAACAUGCAAUUCUCAAGUAAUUACUACUUGUUUUAUCAUAAAUCAUCAUAAAAAGAUAACAGGAUUGCACAGGAGUAAUGGGAAAUAAUAGGAACAGAGUAAGGACCACAAAGCCCUAAACAGGUGUAUAUGUUCAGGGGACAGGAUACAGAGAUGUGGAAGGUGUGGAAAUUGCUGCAGUUCGUAUGUCUGUUUGGCUUCUUUAUUACUUAUUGAAUUUAUAUACCGCCCUAUACCCUGAGGUCUGAAACCUAAAUCAGUCAAGUGAAUGCAAUUGGUAUAUUGUUUGUUUCCCAAUUAAAAUUAAUAAGUUUGAUACUUCCUUUGCACAGUUUGAUUCUUUCUUUAUGUAUUUAUUUUAACUGUUUAGCUAAAUUUGUAUACCUCUUAACUGCAAAAAAAAAAAAUGAACAAAAAAACCCACUGUGAUUGCUGUAGUUUAAUGAUGCUAGUAGCUGAAUGAUGCAGGAAGAAGGAUAGAGAAGGAAGGGGAAGGGGACAAAGGGGGGAUGCUGAAAGCUUGGGGGGCAUGUAUUUAAAGGAGGUUGCUGAAGGAAAGUAUGCGAAAGGCUCUAAUCAGUGAACAGUUUGAUUGCAUAGUUGAAUGACAAAAUAAUGGAUCUAGCCCUAAAGAAGCCAACCUCCUUCCAAAUAAUGUGUCCCAUCCCUCCACUGUUCCCCUCUCCCCAAAAGGUAGGGUGGGUGUCACCAGCGUUUGUCCAUCACAUUCAGUGCUUUUCCCCCUAGAAAAAUAGAUGCCGGUACUCACCAUGAAGUUGUUACAGUACAUAUCACACUUUUUAACAAAGAGGGGGGUGCUGGUACUGUGUACCCUUGAGUACCUCCUGAAAAAUAGCACUGAUCAUGUCUGAUUUCCUCUUGAUGAGGCUGGUGGCAACCUUCAAAAGUCAGCAGAAGGAUGGACUCUUUCCUUUCCCCUGCACUUGGUACUGUAUUUGGCAUGUUGGUGGUCUCUGCUUAGAAUACUGUCAGUGAAUACGGGUGUGUGGGAGAUGUGGGGGUUUCAUCUGAAUGGGCUGUAGGAAGUGUGUGGGUCACAUCUGAAUGCAGAUCUGGACCAUCUUGUAGGCAGCCAUUUCCAUGUUUGCCUGCUUGGAAAGUAAGAUGGGUCCAAGGGUGGGAAGAAGAGGUUGGCAGAGGUUUGUGGCUGAGGGCAUAGCUGUCAAGUGUCCCUUAUUUGAAGGGACAGUCCCUUAUUCCAGUGCCAUGUCCCUUAUUGAUGGAUGUCCCUUAAAUGAUGUCCCUUAAAUUUCAAAGGAAACAGCUCCUCUCCCUCCCUCCCUCCCUCCCUGCCGGCCAGGGAGGAGGGAGGCUCCAACUGUGUUGCUUGGCUGUGUUGCUCACCCAAUAAGAAGUCUAAGAACGACUGGGGGGUGGAGCUUGCAUGCCUUGUGUGUGGCUAGUUAAUGCAAGCUGAGGGGGUUUUUGAAUGCUGGACGCCAUUUUGUUGCACGUGCUGCUGCAAACUUUGCAGUGCAAAGCCAGGCUGGAGAGCCAUCUUAAGUUGAGGCUGCAUAGGCCUUGUGGUGCAUGUGAUUCAGAUUCUAUUCAGUUGAACCUCUGGUUACAAAGUUGGUUGGACAGUGUUCUCGAAGCUACCAGCAUGAGUUUGACCAGACUGCAGGAGGACAGGAAGACUGGAGUGCCUGGAACAGGUGAGGCUGCAGGUCCCUUAUUUUGGCUGCUGGUCCCUUAUUUUCAAAUCUGUAAGUUGACAGCUAUGGCUGAGGGGUGGGGAGUGUUGAAUGUGAGUAAGGGAGAAGAAUCUGCACAAUGUCUUCAGCUUCAUGAUUUAUCUUUCCCAUUUAAUUUUAACAUUUCUCUUCCCACCCCCUCUGAAAGCUGGAUGGCUAAUAUUGGGACCCUGCAGGGGGACCACUAAUUGAUGGGCCAUUAGCUGCUUCAUUUACUCUGAAGGAAGGAAGAAUGGCGACCCACUAAGAACAUUUAGAUACUUUAAAAGUGUGAAAGACUGUGGUCUUAAUUGACCAUAACAGGCACUCUAUCAGGAAAAGCAUAGAAUACACUGAAAUAAAUGGUGUGAAAUCAUGUAGCAAUAGUGACAAUAAUUACAACAAAAAUAUGAAAAAAAUUCACCAUAGUAGACAACAAAAGAAAUAAUUAUGUAUUUGGUGGAAUCUGACUUGCAAAAGAACAGAAUUGGCUCUGGUUUUAUAGAUACAGAACAGACGGGACAUUGCUAACUUCAUUCUUCCCUAGCAGGAUGGAACAAAGACAUGACUGAAACCAUAGAGCAAAGCAAUGUUGAAAAGGAAGCCAUUCUGUAGCAUAUAUGCUGUUUGGCCAUUUGCAUCUUUGGUAUUAUGUUCCCCAGGUCAUCAAGGAAGCAAUAGGAGGGUUCCCCAGAUCUGCACAGACUGAAUGCCUCAAGCAAUCAUCAGUUUGGCUUUCCAGUCCUACCAGCAGACAACCGAGCAAAUCCACUAGAAGAAUGUGACUUCUCCCCUUCUCCUUCUCUCAUUUGCCCCAAAUUGGUUCAUGGGGGUUGGGAUAACCCCUGGAAUAGCACACAAGGGGGGGACAAGGCAGCUCAUUCCAUUAGACAAGCAGCAAUGGAUCAAUCAGUACCCUUUUCUACUUCCCUCUAUGAAACCAUCCAUUGGCCCCCAUUAAUCUGGUCCUUUCUCAUCUAUGGCCAUGUCAGCAAUCCAUGGGAGCCUGGCCUACGACUAUUCCUUUAUGAUGCAUACAGGCAUUUUUAGGAAUGGGGAAAAUCUGCUCCUUAACUCCCUGCAUGAUGACCUCCUUUUCCCUGGGGAUGUUUUCCCCACCAAUGAGUAGCGAUUCUUUUCCUAGCGCUUCAUUUAUCAGAAAAGUCUGAGAAGGUAAGAACUGCUCACCAUAAGGAUCAACAUAUGAAUUUAGAUUCUCGAAUCGUGUAGUGUCUAUCUGCCGAGUUAAAUUCAGAUCAUAUUCAGGCUCCAUGGUAUAUGACCAGCCACAGUAUGCUCGGUAUUGAUGGUGCAAGUUCUACAGCAAAACAGACAGAAGUGAGUUCUGUGUACACCUAUGACUUCACACAUAGCACAUGUCAUAUCUUAAGAACUUGAAGUCCUAUCAAAUGGAGGACAGUCACGAGAUCUAGCAGGGCCAAGCUGAUAAAAUUCCAAACAAGACAUGCAAUUACAUUAUAGCAGCAACAUUCAUUAUGAGGUCUACCUGAAACUUCUACUGAUAUCUUUGAGGUGCUAUGUAAAAGCUUACCCUCUUUUAGUGUACUAAAAUUUUGUUUGCUGUAUAUGGGCUCCCUAACAUUUCUAUCACUGUUAUGGAGGGGUUGUUCCAUGUAUACUUUAUGCAUUUUAUGUUGUUGUGUAAAUGUGUUUAUAUUUUAAUGUAUUUUACGUACGCUUUUAAAUAUGCUACAAAUGGCUCGGAGACUUUUUAUGUAUCUAGUGACCAAGAGCUCAUCCACACUUACCUUUUGCCUUGUGCUUUCUAGUCAUAGGUCCAUGCUAUAAAGUGCCUGAGCACUUCCCCCGCCCCCCCCCACGAAAACCCACUCUUUAAUGCUGAAUCAGGACAAACAGCAAUUUGGGUUUUCUGUGGAUUGGCAUUUGCUUCAAUUCAGUAGUAAAAAAAGGGUUUUCCCAGGGAAGUUUGGGGCAAAAAAAGAAGGAUGAAAAGUGCUUGCACAUGGUGCUUUAAAGACUGCACCUGUACCUAGAAAAAUGGCACAAAAGGAAGUCUGGAUGAGCCCCAACAAAUCUCUAUAUUAGUUUAUCUCAUGGCUUUCUGGUUAUUUAUUUGGGUUAAGUUGACAACUACCUCUUUCCAUCCCACUGAUAGGCCAGAAUAUUCAGAAAAUUUCAGUAUGACAUCUUAAUGUGGAUAUUUGUACCCAGGGCUCUCAAGUGGAUGCCAUUGCCAUUUUAAGAGACCAAAGGAGGCAUUCAUGGUGAAUUUCAGCAUCUCUUUUUCUAGAAAAAUAGCACUGUUUGUACCUAACCUGCUGGUCAUUGUACUCAGCUUUGUCUACAUGGCAUCUCCCUGACAUUUAUUGUGUAGCCAUUCUUACUAUUGUUGGAUUGUACACAAUCCCUGUUGCUCUAAUUCUUGAAACCACCCAGGUCACCCUGCAUAAUAGCCAGGAUUGUGGAAUUUAAUUUUCUAAUUCCACAAUCAUGGCUAUUGUGGAAAGUUUUCUUCCUCCCCUCGCUCAGUAACCUGAUGUCUGAGUUCAUGAAGCAAUGUUUGGGGUCAGAUGAUUUGAGGGACAGUCUUCACUCAUGAGUCUGCCCAUCUCCUAAAAUUAUUGAAGGCCUUACUUGCUGUCCCUUUGUCUUCAGCAGUGUGGUUGAUGAGGACACAGGACAGGGCCUUUUCAAUAGCGAUGCACCGUGCUGAGAAUGUGGAGUACCCUUCCUCAGGUGUAUGGUUCUCUCUCUCUCUCUCUCUCUCUCUUAGCCUUCUAGUAAAUAUAUUUUAAUUUUUCCAGAUUUGGGAGAAAGCUGCAUUUUGCUGUUUUUGAACCCCCAGUUCUUUGGGAAAAUAUUCUGAUUGUCUUGUAUUUAUCUAUAUUUAUACUUAUCUAGAAAUCUAGUUCAGGGCCACAUUAGGGGCUUUUUAUUAGACAGGUAGGGUACAUUCCUUAUAAAUAGUGUGUGUGUGUGUGUGUGUGUGUGUGUGUGUGUGUGUGUGUAGUCUUCAAGAUCUCUAUAAGCUUCAGCCUGCAGCUGAGUUAGAGGUUGUGAAGGGUAUCCUACACAGCCUAUCAAAUGUAAGGGACUGCAUUGAUUUUUCUUGUGUUUUAAUGCUGCUUUGUGAGCAUCCUUGGACAUUUUAUUAUUUUAUUUAUUUUUCUUUUCAGGAGACCCCCAUUCCCCCCACAGAACAUUUUAUUGAAAAGGUGGUAUAUACAUGA